AGGGGGGGGGAGAGAUAUCCACAUCCGCGCGCAUUUUCACGACCGCCGCGUUCGUCUCAAGAGCAGCAGCAGCAGAGCGGAGCUCGGGACUCGACCUCAUCCCUUAAAACAUCAAAGCAACCGGAGAUUAUGAAACGGAAUUGCGUUCGGAUUUUGCGCAGCGAUCCCACGUGUUGCGUCUGGUCUGCUCCGCGGUGUGCUGUGCGCGCGACCUCCUCUUCCUCCGCGUGUCCGUCGUGGGCUCGCGGUGGUGCAUCCUCCGCUCGUCACUGAGGAGAAGUCCUCCUCCUCACAGAGGCUCCAUGGAGACCUGCGGCGGGAGGAUCAUCAUUCGGGAGAGAUGAAAACCGACUUAUUUCCGCGCGAGAAAGGUCACCGUGAUGGGUGAUGACGUCCAUGUGGAGACCGGACCUGGGGCUUCCUCGUGGAGGAGCGGGCGGGCUGCUGGGGUCCUGAGCACCAGGAGGUCCUCUCUCUGGACGUGAACCUCAAGAGGUCCACUCUUUGGACGUGAACCUCAAGAGGUCCGCUCUCUGGACGUGAACUUGAAGAGGUCCUCUCUCCGGGUGGACUCGCGUGCAGCUGGCCUCUGAUUGACGGGAUGAGUGUUCGCUGUAGGCCUAAAUGUUAAGAAGAAAAAACAUUUAUUUUGUCCAUUUAACUUUUGUUAAAGUUCCCCUGGUCUCCUCUAAGUUAAACCUCCGAAAAGCUGAAUAAACUGUUGCUUAAACAACGUUGACUUGAAUACCUUUAGACGCGCACGCACGCACCAAGCGCACACACACACACACACACACACACACACACUCACACACGCACACACAUACCAGCAGGAGGUUGCGCGCCUUGCCGCUCCAUGGUGCUGAGCGUGUGGCCCAGGGAUGGUGGAGACGCUCAGCAUCGCUGUCAUCGGAGCUCCCGGGGUGGGGAAAACUUCCAUCAUCCGCCAGUUUGUCUACAAUGACUUCUCGGAGGUGUACACGCCCACCAGGACGAGGUUCGUGUACCGACCCUCCGUCAUACUCAACGGCAACAUGUACGAGCUGAAGAUCCUGGACGUCCCGCCUAUGACUUCCUUCCCGUCCAGCUCCAGUCAGGAGUGGCUGGACCUGCGGUGCCGAGGCGUCCGGAACGCCAACGCCUACAUCCUGGUCUACGACAUCUGCUGCGUGGACAGCUUUGAGUACGUCAAGAUGAUCCGGCAGCAGAUCGUGGAGAACAGAGAGGGCAGCAGCAGCAGUAGCAGCAGCAGUGAGGUCCCCAUCCUGGUGGUGGGCAGCAAGCGGGACCUCCAGAGGCAGCGCUUCACCCCGCGCCGCGCCGUCUCCGUGCUGGUGAAGAAGACGUGGAAGUGCGGCUACGUGGAGUGCUCGGCCAAGUUCAACUGGCACGUGGUGCUGCUGUUCAAAGAGCUGCUUGGCAGCGCCGUGGCCCGCGGCAUGCGGCAGAACCACACCUCCAUCCGCCUGCAGGGGGCGCUGCAGAGGAACCGCUGCACGCUCAUGUGACGCCCGCGUGAGGCAACUCCUCCAAACUCCUCCUCCUCUGUCCUCGCUUCCUCACCAGCUCCCUGCUCCGGCUCCUCCUCUGGAGCAGAGGUGAUGCUGGGGGUGGAGCAGACAUCGGGGUAGUGAACCCGGGAGUUUGCUACUUUAACAAACCCUUUUCUCUUUCCUAAUGGGGUUAAAAGACCGUAAGACAUCAAAGACCCAAUGUGGGAAAUUCUGAUUCUGCCAAAUAUUCUCAUGGAAGAGAUAGAAGAGAGAUGGCCGGAUGAUCCUUCCUGAACACCUCCGUAACAUUUUUCCCAUCAUCAGCCAGUGACUGCGUUCCAGGCAGAUACCGCUAUGCUUCCAAGCAUCCCCCACUGCACCAGGUCCACGUUUAAAUGUAUGGUCGGAUUCUAUGUUUUUGAGCAAGGAAGAAGCAGCAAUAUUAUAAAGUCUUCCGUUCCAAAUGCAUUUGUCAGUAGUUCAGUCAGGUCGACCAGACUGACUUCAGCCUAGCCUACACGUGUCUCUCCAGCAGUGUUGGGAGGGAGAGGUCCACACAGCACAUGGAGGGAAGGUACCAGGAGACACCACAUGAAUGGAUGACCAGGAGACACCACCACAUGAAUGGAUGACCAGGAGACACCACCACAUGAAUGGAUGACCAGGAGACACCACCACAUAGAGGGAUGGACCAGGAGACACCACAUGGAGGGAUGGACCAGGAGACACCACAUGGAGGGAUGGACCAGGAGACACCACAUAGAGGGAUGGACCAGGAGACACCACCACAUAGAGGGAUGGACCAGGAGACACCACAUAGAGGGAUGGACCAGGAGACACCACAUAGAGGGAUGACCAGGAGACACCACCACAUGGAGGGAUGACCAGGAGACACCACCACAUAGAGGGAUGGACCAGGAGACACCACCACAUAGAGGGAUGGACCAGGAGACACCACCACAUAGAGGGAUGGACCAGGAGACACCACCACAUAGAGGGAUGGACCAGGAGACACCACAUGGAGGGAUGGACCAGGAGACACCACAUGGAGGGAUGGACCAGGAGACACCACAUAGAGGGAUGGACCAGGAGACACCACCACAUAGAGGGAUGGACCAGGAGACACCACCACAUAGAGGGAUGGACCAGGAGACACCACAUAGAGGGAUGGACCAGGACAGAGACACCACAUAGAGGGAUGACCAGGAGACACCACCACAUAGAGGGAUGACUAGGAGACACCACCACAUGGAGGGAUGACCAGGAGACACCACCACAUGGAGGGAUGACCAGGAGACACCACCACAUAGAGGGAUGGACCAGGAGACACCACCACAUAGAGGGAUGGACCAGGAGACACCACCACAAGGAGGGAUGGACCGGGAGACACCACAUAGAGGGAUGGAGAAGGAUACACCACCACGUGGAGGGAUGGACCAGGAGAUAACACAUGAUCCGGAGCUCAGAUGUUGUGCUGUUGUUCAGUUAAGACUUUCUGACUGAAAAAAGAGUAGAACUAGAUAGAGUAGACGCUGUCAUUUGUCGAUUUUAGCUUAUCAAACACUUUGCUGUCCAGCCUGGAGACACCAUCUAUCCCCUGAUCCAACACUGCUGUCAGCCUGGAGACACCAUCUAUCCCCUGAUCCAACACUGCUGUCAGCCUGGAAACACCAUCUAUCCCCUGGUCCAUCGCCUCUGCUGUCAGCCUGGAGACACCAUCUAUCCCCUGGUCCAUCGCCCCUCCAUCGAGGCGAGUAGCAGCGGGGUGUGACUCCCCAUUGGAUGAGAGAGAAGGCUCACUCCUGUACAUAAGACCCGUAGGAUCCUUGAUUUGCAUGCUUUGGAGCCGACGGGUCAAGGUCAAAGUGCACUGAUGAAGACGUGUUGUUGUUUCAUUUACUAAUACAUGUUUGGAGAUGUUAUACAUGAAUGGUGUGGUUGUGAUGAAAACCGGGCACGUAAGAGCAGAUUUCACUCAAACAGAAACAUGAGUUAUCUAGCAACAAAAGAAGAGAUAUGUAGCAGAGAUAAAAACAGAGAGCAACCACGUGUAGCAUGAGGUGUCAGUGUUUUGACCGUGUGAAAGUCUUCAAAUAUAAAAGGGCUACCGUUUUUUUAUCAAAAAAAUUGCUAGUAUUUAUUUUUACUGUGUUAGUACUGUGCUGGUAUUUUUUCCUUGACAAUUUGUUUAUUAAAAGCCUUUUAACAUAA